UUAAAGGUCAUUUCCAAACUGUUGGGGGAUGUUCCAUAUCAUUUGAGGAGAAUCUUGAGCAGGUUUCAGCAAGAUCAAAUCGAGCCUUAAAAUAGGGAAUCCGGCCGAAGCGAGUUCUCCCGACCAAGAGUUCAAAGAUGUGUUGGAAAAUGUUGAAAAACAUCUUGAAAACUUCUACUCUCUGGCUAACUCACUCAUCGAACAGCCAAUCAUGACAGAGGCGCCAGAGGACGUGGAACGCCUGUAUAGCGAGAGCCAGGCCGCUACUGCUUUAUUUCAAUGUUUCAGUCAAGCGUGUCCAGUCGACGAUCAUAGUAGUCACACUGUCUAUCUCGGGGUCUCAACUGAUGAACGAACCCACAUGGGCAUACAAUCACGAGCGACGAGCCAGAACAGGGUCUGGUUUUGUGUGCGCUCGAACCCUACUGCCAAAAGAAGGAAAGAGUCGAUGUCUAGUACAGUCAUGCAGGUGAUGAACACUUCCUCUCGCAAGCGAAAACGGCCGUCGGAUAUACCAAUGCGUUUUCAUCGGCCUCUAAAAUCACGCAAGGCGAAUCGCAGUCAAGCCAUGAACCAAGUCCAGGUGUGUCCAGAGUACCUAACCCAGGGCGAGGAUUCCAACCUAGCGAUGCGGAUGGUGGCCGCGCCGAGAGAAUGGCAUAACAUUUACUUCCUAGAAUCAGAGAAGCGCCCCCCGGACGGGCACAUGCCGAUGAAGCUAGCCAAUCUUUUUGAUGAUAGCAGGCGGGAACACCGUUACGAUUUCUCGUGGAGAGUUCACGUAGCCCGGCUCAUUGCUGAGGCUGUGCUCCGCAUUCAGCACCCAGAGUCUCCGUGCCGUUGGUGUGAGAAGGACGUUGUCUUCUAUACCGCGGAGCCAUAUGACGACAACCUUAAGCCAUUUUUAAAAGUGGAGGUCGAACGCGGGGGGGACGGAACCACCCUUAAUAUCGCGGCAGCCAGGAAGCCGGGCCGAUGGCUUCUCAACCUUGCUCUGAUUCUCCUGGAGCUUGGCCUUUCCCAGCAUAUUGAGGCGCCUCCUGACGGGAUGGGUGAAGAGGAGUAUCGAGAGCAUAUCCUGUGGCACGUGGAACAAGCGAAGGGCAGGUCACUGGAGAAAUAUCUGACUGUAGUACGCAGCUGCGUUACAAUCAAUUCUAGAGGCGAGGGUGGUCGUAUUACAGUGGAUGAGCACAGCUUUCAUGAGGAUUUUUACCGACUUAUCAUUUUCCCACUGAAAAUGAUUGAAAAUGAUUUAAAACCGCCUGAGUAUCUAUCUAAUACCUACUACCCAAUGGCUGGAUUUUCCGAAGAUAAUCGAUAGAUAGGUACCUAUAUAAUAUUACUAUAAAAUUCUUCCCCAGCAGCGUUUCUACCUGCCUGGCAGCCUGGGUAGGUACCU